CUGCGCAUGCUGCUAAAGGUUCGGUCAUAUGCGCAAAGCAGCGUUUGUUGCCGGUUUGCUUUCGGUCAGUUUAUCUAUAGCUGCUAAUACCGCAAUCAGUCGCUUCUUCGCUGGCAUCGCAAGUACGCCCAAAAUUUACUGCUGCCCAAGAAAUCGCGGGAAAGAAUAGUGUUUGCAGCGUGCGAGGUUAAGCCGUUUGUGAAAUAUCUGUUACUAAAAUUUAGCUGAAAUUGAAGUAAGAGAAGUGAAUAAUUUGUUGAAUUAGGAAAUAAGGGUACAAAGGUUAAGAUCGGUGUUGAUGUGCUAGUAAAGUGCUGGUUAUUCAAAAUUAUUACCAACUGGUUACAAACGAAAACAAAAGUGACCAGUUAAGUGAGACUUGAAUGUUGAGUGUCUUACAAUAGUAAUUACAAGUGAAACGUAAAAAAGUCUUGUUGUCUGUCAAGAGAGUGCUUAUCUCUUAUCUGGGAGGUUUUCCAUUGUCAAGAUAUUAGCAAGUGAUCUUGUCUAUGCAGCAAGUUUAGCCGGAUGACGGUACGUGAAUUGCAAAUUUUUUGAAAAUUGUCACACGUGAACUAAAGCGAAGCAUCAAAGAUUCUUUACAUACGAAAGGCUCCUAAAGAAAAGUCGCGUUGGCACCGGUGGCUGCUUAUCAAAUGCAGUUUUGUGAAAUGAUAUGAAUACGGCUAGACUACGUUUAUUGCACGUUAAUUUCUGUUGCAACUUCUGAAGCUGGAAGCAAACUACUCAAACUCAACCAACAGAUCGAUCAAUCGGCUAGCACAUAAAAGCGCCAGAUGAAGAGCUACGGUUGCAGGCAGCAUCUCCUGAUGCAUCUUCAGUGGACAGCCAAUGGGCUGCUAAUGAUUGCCGCUUUGGGUCUGUUGCUCUCUGUCGUUCACGGUCAAGUUGUUAGCUCAGGUUGUGAUCCGGAAAAGUGUUCACCAGCAGUUGAAAUACCGGCCAGCUUGCUGCAAAUAGGUGAACGAACUAGGAAAGAGCUCGUCAACUGUUGUGAGGUAACUCGUAUGUACUGUGACUACAGUGCGUGUCCGGUGGUGAUUGAAUUUUGUGACGUGAACAAAACGGUUCGACCUAGGAUUGUCAACGGAAGAUGCUGCACAUUGUAUGAGUGCGAAAAUUCCUCGCCAGAUAAAUACUGCGAAGUAGUGAUCAAUGGAACCGCCACACGGAAACACGUUGGCGAGAAAUGGUUCAGUAUGGUUAAUAGUACAACGUGUAUGAAUUUUGAAUGUUUGAAUAAUGGACCAACAGAUACUGAACCGUUUGUAAAUUCAAUCGGUAUUUCUUGUAGUACCAGUUGUCCUGAGGGCUUCACACCGCAGUACUCCGACAAGCAUUGCUGCCCACAGUGCGUCCAGGCGAUGUGCCGCUUCAACGAUCAAUUUCAUCAGGAAGGUGAAACAUGGAACAGUCCGGACGGAUGUCUACGGUACCGGUGUAUGAGGGAAGAAGGACUGCUUUCGAUCACCUCUGAACGCAGACGGUGUCCUCAACUACUAGAUUGUCCGCCGGAGCAUAUCGUACAGCAAAACUGUUGCAAUAUUUGCAACAUCUCAAAACCAGUACCGACAGUUCCGGUUCCUCGGGAGACAGAAGAAUUCUAUACCGAACUAGACUACAAGGAUCACAGGUGCAACAGGGAAUGCAUGAGAGGGCGAAAACCAUUAACCUGCUAUUACAAAUUCAGCAUGGAGUGGUAUCAAACUAUGAGCAAGGCUUGUUACGAAUGUCCGUACAAUUCAACAGAUUGUUUACGGCCACAUUGCAUUCCCGGAGACGGUGUUAAGAGAAAUGUGAUGGUUAUCAACAGAAUGAUGCCUGGUCCUUCCAUUGAAGUUUGUGAAAAUGAUAUUAUUGUUGUUGAUGUAGAAAAUCACCUCAUGGGAGAAAGUACCACUAUUCAUUGGCACGGUUUGCAUCAAAAACGAACGCCUUAUAUGGACGGUGUGCCGCACAUUUCUCAAUGCCCAAUUAGCCCAGAAACAACAUUCCGAUACACUUUCAAGGCAGAUAAUCCCGGAACACAUUUCUGGCAUUCUCAUACAGGAAUGCAGCGAGGUGACGGAGCUUUUGGGCCACUUAUCAUAAGAAGAGACAAUGAUCCUCAGCAGCUGGUGUAUGAUUAUGACCUUUCCGAUCAUGUGAUAACUGUUCAGGAUUGGGGUCAUGUAGCUGGCGUUCAAAUGUUCACUGCCCAUCAUCACUCAACUGGAGACAACAAACCUCCUAAUAUUCUAAUCAAUGGUCGAGGGAAAUACUUCAAACGGUAUCCGAAAACAGCCAGCAUCACUACCACAACUAAACAAACCCAGUUGAGCAUUCCGGCAAAGCCAACAACGAUCACUCCUGCAAUCACAAACAAUCUAGAUGAUUCUGAAUUAAUACAAAACUCGCGAGAUAGUAGUUUAAAGUUGGAACUCAGUACAGCUGAGUUGACAAAUGCAAGACUUUUCAACGUGAGCAACUCUCGAACUCUGGUUCGGAAGAAGCGACAGUCACGUACUGUUGACUUCAACGCUGUGGUCGUUCCAGAGUCGGAACACAUACCUGUGAAGGUAUUCUAUGUGGAACAGAAGAAACGCUAUCGAUUCAGACUAAUCAACGCGGAGUUCCUUAACUGUCCCGUUGAGCUGUCCAUUGAAGGUCACAACAUGACGGUUAUUGCGUCCGACAGUUUCGAUAUAAAUCCAAUUGAAGAUCUCGCCUCUUUCGUCAGUUACGCAGGUGAACGCUUUGACUUCGUACUACGCGCUAAUCAACCGAUUGGAAACUAUCUGAUGAGAUUCCGAGGUCUGAUGGAUUGCGACGAACGGUUUACCUCGGCGUACCAAGUGGCAGUACUCAGAUAUAAGGGCGCCCCGGAAGUGGAAUACGAUGUAUGGCCGAGCUAUGAUUUUCCCUUGGAAGGCAUGCAGCUAAAUGCGUUGAACAAGGGUACGGGUCUUGUAGACACGCUAUCCAUUGCCGAAACCUCUUCCAGGGAUCAAGAAGAUCUGCUAUUGCUAAAGGAAAAAACUGACUACAAAUUCUACGUUUACUAUGAUUUUUAUGCCAAGGACAAUCCGCACUUCCAUGUUCCGGAUUUGUAUGGGUUCAAAGAUGUAAUUAACAGUACUAAUCGGUUGUUCACACCUCAACUGAAUCACAUUUCCAUGCGGAUGCCUUCGGAGCCGAUGAUGCCUGGCAAGGAUCGACUAGACGAGAGCCUUUUCUGCAAUGCUAGUUCGCUAAUGCAGCAAGGCAUCAACUGCAGAGAAGAAUUUUGUCAGUGCAGUCACGUCCUGCAAGUGCCACUUAACGCAACCGUUGAGAUGGUGCUGAUUGACGAGGGUUUCACAUUCGAUGCCAAUCAUCCGUUUCACUUGCACGGCCACGCAUUCCGUGUAGUUAGUAUGGAACGGCUUGGAGUGAAUGUUACUGCCGAAGAAGUUAAACGGUUGGAUGAGGAGGGUAAAAUCAAAAGGCGUCUGAAAGGAGCACCGAUCAAAGACACGGUAACCAUUCCGGACGGAGGUUACACCAUAAUCCGCUUCAUCGCUAGUAAUCCAGGCUACUGGUUAUUCCAUUGUCAUAUCGAGUUCCACGCGGAAAUCGGUAUGGCGUUGGUAUUGAAGGUGGGGGAUAAAUCCGAAAUGAUUUCCGCUCCUACGGGAUUUCCUACUUGCGCCAGUUUCAAACCGGAUUACAGCAAACAGCAGUAUUCCAGUGGAUGGCGAUUGUCCGCCGAACAAUGUACCUUCCAGCAGCUCAUUUCAGUGAUAGUUAUAAUGAUGGUAAUGAAGAGAUUUGCAUGAAUGUGAUAUUUAUUUGUAAAUAAGGUUGUUUUAUG